AUGCCCGGUGGAGCAGUCGCAACUGGCAAUGGCGUCGGCGGUGAUGUCCGCCCCUCAAACCCAUGGCCUGGUAUUUUGAUGGCCACCUUCGCUGCUUUCGGUGGGAUUCUCUUUGGAUAUGACACUGGUACUAUAUCGGGUGUUAAGGUCAUGCCUGACUGGCUCUGCACGUUCGGGACUCGUUUCGGUCCCGGUUUUGGUCAAUGCAGCAUUACCACAUCUCAGGAGUCGCUCAUUGUCUCCAUUCUUUCCCUUGGGACAUUUUUCGGUGCUCUGCUUGCUGCCCCUUUGGCUGAUGGUAUUGGGCGAAGGCUUGCUUUGCAGGUUGCUGCCACCAGAAUCCCUCUAUUCGUCGUUGGUCGUGUCGUUGCAGGCCUCGGCGUCGGUUUGGUCUCGUGCACAGCUCCAAUGUACCAGUCGGAGUGCUCGCCGAAAUGGAUCCGUGGCGCCGUUGUCGCUUGCUACCAAUGGGCGAUCACUAUUGGUCUGUUACUCGCGUCCAUCGUCAACAACUCGGAGCAGAAUCGUCCGAACCACUCCGGUUGGCGUAUCGCAAUUGGCUUGCAGUUCAUCUGGGCUGCCAUCCUUGCUGGUGGAAUGUGGUUGAUGCCCGAAUCGCCUCGCUAUUUGAUCCGUCAAGGAAGAGAUAUGGAGGCAGAACGAUCAUUGGCUCGUUUGAUGUCUACCGAGACCAGCGAUCCUGUUGUUGCGGCUGAGUUGAGCGAUAUCCGUGCCAACUUGCGCCAGGAGAUGGAGCGAUCAUCUGGUGGUUACAAAGAGCUCCUCUCCAGCGAGAACCAGAUCCUUUUCCGUGUUCUUAGCGGGGUGUUCCUUCAAGCCUGGCAACAGCUCACUGGUAUCAACUUUAUCUUUUAUUAUGGUACAACUUUCUUCAAAAAUUCUGGCAUCUCAAAUCCUUUCCUCAUUUCCGUUGCCACCAAUGUUGUCAAUGUCGGUAUGACCGUCCCUGGCAUGUGGGCCGUCGAUAAGGUCGGCCGCCGUAGUCUGCUUCUCAUCGGUGCAGCUGGGAUGCUUUUCUGCGAGUAUAUCAUCGCUAUCGUUGGUGUCACGAUCUCGACCUCCAACUUGGCUGGUCAGAAGGUCCUGAUUGCCUUUGUGUGCAUCUACAUUGCCUUUUUCGCCGCCACCUGGGGUCCUAUCGCUUGGAUCGUCACUGGAGAGAUCUACCCACUGAACAUUCGCGCCAAAGCAAUGUCCAUAUCAACAGCAUCAAACUGGCUUUGGAACUUUGGUAUCGGUUACGCGACUCCUUACCUCGUCAACCCUGGUGCAGGUCACGCAAACCUUGGAGUUAAAGUUUUCUUCAUUUGGGGUACCACUUGUGUUGGAUGCCUCGUUUUCACCUACUUUUGCAUUCCGGAAACGAAAGGAUUAUCCCUCGAGCAGAUCGACAUCAUGUACGCCAAUACGACGCCGAUCAACAGCGCUUCAUACCGGAAGACCCUCCUGGAGCAUGACAUUCAUGCUGUCGAUGUCGAGGGUGGCAGGGUCAACAUUCAGGAUCUUCACGAGCAGGACGAAAAGAACAUCGCUGAGCACAAGGAAUAA